GCUGCCAGUGCAUGUCAGGCAGAGUGCAGGAGCUGGGAACCCCCAGCUUAUAUCCUUCAAGCUUUAGGGAAUCUCCAGCCACUCAGCUAGUGUCAGACUACAAGAGGCUGUUCCAGGAGCCAUCUGGGGUUUGUUUGCCCCAUUUAAAGGGUCCUCCCUCAGACAAGGAGCCCAACUGAGCACUGGACACUAGCAGAGAGAUGGGUUCCAGCCUGCCCUAGAGUCUGUGCCAAAGCUAAUAGUUACCGUCACCCCCCUGCAUUGUGUGUUGUUCCAGCCACCUAACCAGAAUCAGCAGAAAGAGGUUACCAGGAGUGAUAUCACUCUCCUGAGGAUUACACAACAAGAUAAAGAACGGAUGUUGCUUGAAUGCCAGCAAACACCGGGACCAUACGCUGCCAGGCUUUGUCAGGCAAUGAUACCAGAUUACUUGCUGCAAGCAUGGCGUGGUCAAGUGUCCUACCAUGGAGGAGGGAAUAAGGAUGCACUGCCCAGAAACCUUCUGGCAAGGCUUUCGGAGUACCUCCAGGAGAGCUUCAUGGAGAUGUCCCUGGAAGAUUUCUGCUCCAUCCCCAGACACGUUAACAGACUUUUCCAGUAGCUGUACUGGCCGCGAAUGCAUCCCAAGUCCUCAGGGCAAAGUAAUCAUUAAAAACCAUUUGCUUUUACAACAAGUUUUAUAUUUUAAAAGAAUCCUCAGGCGUCGCUGAUGAGACUAUCCCCGACCCAGAAUCCACGAUCACAGAGGCUGUGGCUCCACUGAGCAGAGAUGGAUAACUGGACCUUCCUGGGAGAGUUCCUUGAAGAGGUCCACAAGCAUUCCACCGUGGUGGGGAAAGUCUGGCUGACCGUGCUUUUCAUCUUCCGGAUGCUGGUGCUGGGCACAGCGGCGGAGUCCUCCUGGGGAGAUGAGCAGUCUGACUUCAUGUGUGACACCCGGCAGCCUGGCUGCGAGAACGUUUGCUAUGAUAAGGCUUUCCCCAUCUCCCACAUCAGGUACUGGGUCCUUCAGGUCAUCUUCGUCUCCACCCCAUCCCUGGUGUACAUGGGGCAUGCAAUGCACACAGUGCGCAUAGAGGAGAAGAGAAAAAUGAAGGAGGCAGAAAUGAGGCCAAAGGGGAUUAGAAGCAGUGGCGACUCUUACCACCAACAGGAGUACCUGGUGGCAGAGAAGGCAGAGCUCUCCUGUGGGGAGGAAUCAAGUGGGAAAAUAAUACUCAAGGGUAGCUUGCUGAACACCUAUGUCUACAGCAUUUUGAUCCGCAUCACUAUGGAAGUGGCCUUCAUUGUUGGACAAUACAUCCUCUACGGGAUCUUCCUGAAGACCCUGUACACCUGUCACCGGGACCCCUGCCCUCAUCCCGUGAAUUGCUAUGUCUCACGGCCCACCGAGAAGAACGUCUUCAUCAUCUUCAUGCUGUCCGUGGCGGUGUUGUCGCUCUUGUUGAGCCUGGCUGAGCUGUACCACCUGGGGUGGAAAAAAGCCAAGCAGAAGUGUGCUAAAUCUUACAAACCCAGCCCCACUAUGGCUGCUGGCAAACUGGAGCCUGCACCCCAAGUGGAGAUGGCUCAAAGUUGCACUCCCCCUCCAGAUUUUAAUCAGUGUUUGGUCAAUCCCAAUGGGAAAUUCAUCAGCCCUUUCAGCAAUAAAAUGGCCUCUCAGCAGAACACGGACAACUUUGCCACUGAGAGGGUCCACAGUCAAGAGAAUGCAGCUGGAGAAGGCCAAUUUAUCCAGAUCAACUAUGCACAGAGUCCUGAGGCACCCAAUGACUCUGCCCCCCACCAGGUCUCCAAUGGCUAUCUCAAUGAGAAACGCAGGCUCAGCAAGACCAGCCGUACCAGCAGUAAGGCUAGGUCAGAUGACCUGUCUGUGUGACCUGUUGCCAGGUGGGGCAAGGAGGGAGGGAAAGCCUCAAUGCUAAGCAAAACUUCUGCAGUGUGGCCUUUGAACUUCUGCCAUUCUGCUCUCUGUUUUAUGGCCCUCUGCUCCUUUUUAGUGAAUGGCACUGCCCUACUUCAGACAGCACUUCUUAAACCUUAGAACAGGGAGGGGCAAACUUUCCCAAUAGAAAGCAGACUGGCAACUUGCCAGGAGCCUGAACACACCACUUAAAUUGCAGAAAAUACAGCAGAUGGUAGCCAACCUCAUAUUUAAUGGAGAGGCGCCACCUACAGGGACCACAGGACCUGCCAUUCCUAGUCAUUCAGAUAGAGAUGGAACCGUUGGCUAGCAGGACCUGUAAUCUCCAGAGAUUGCAUCUCCUCCUUAAAAAUGAGGCUGGCCAUGAGUUGCAAUAUUGAACUCACCAAGCCAUACACUAGCCACCUCACUGUUGCUUUGGAAUUACUUUAACAUGGCGCAACCUCCACUUUGCAAGCACAUCAAGUUACAACUUUUCUCUCCUGAGAAAAACAGAAAUAAAACACUAGGCCUUUGAAUAAAAUGCUUUAUAUUUUGCUCUCUCUCUUCCCUUUUCUCUGCCUGGGCCCAGACACAUUAUACCACCUUGCCUUACCUAUACCAUGUAAAUGUGCAAUGAAUUCUACUUGAAUUUUUGACACUAUGUAUGUAGCUCCUUCAAGAUUUGACUAGUAGUUAAGAAUUGUCUGUUUUCCUCAAAAAAAUAAAGUGCCUUAGUGUCCAGCUAUGGAAAUACCUUCAUCCCAGGGUCAGGCCAGCAGAUAGACCCUGGCAUCCCCGGGAUAUUACCCAGGCUACCUGUUGAAGGGGCCUAAGGAAUUUUCCCAAGAUACUUAUUAGACUAGUUUCAAGAGAAAUGUCCACUUAACCAAAAUAGAUUUCCCCAUGGAUGCAAAUAUGUCACUGGAAAAAGGAGGGACUAUGGUGCGGAAAGACAUGAUUUUUUUUUCUCUUUUACAAAUGUUUUAAAUACAUUUAGUUCUUUCGAAAGGGUGUUAGACUGACAGCCCUGGAGAGUGACGUCCUCUGUUCAUCCUCAGAAGAGUUACAGCACAGGCAGUGGUUGUGCCAGCUUCCUCCACCCUGCCCGGCCAAUGAACCCCAACUUUAUUCUAGAGUGAGAGUACUGUCCGGCCUCCAUGACUCAAUCAGUCCUUGGCCGCUCUGCUGAGACUGCCAGUUCUUAUGACAGGCAACUAUUCAUUAAGAAAUCGACAAACACACUGAUUCUUUUCUCCAUGCAGGUCACCCUGAGCCCUCAUCAGAUGACAACACUGGUAAUGAGAUAAAUGAGGAUCCCAAAACAAGGCUGUUCAUGCAGCACUUAGGAUGGUUCCUAGUCCCCAAACCCAACCUUGACCUCCAUUCAUUUGGUCAUUGCAGAACUGAAACAAGGGGAUUAAGUUUAUCUUUCCAUCUUUGGAGGAUAAACUAGCCUAGUCCAACCUACUCCCUUUCAUUUACCUUGCCCUUUUGAACAUGUACAGCUGCUUAUAAAUCGUUGAAUUGUGUGUGUUUGGGUUUGGAGUGAUUUAAAACAGGACUGAUCUAUUCCCUCUGAUACCUGCUGUCGAAAGUGAUUGUCACUCCUUGAGUCUGAUGCAGUGCGUGGUUUGGUACAAUUGCCUGCACACGAACCAGGAGGAAAACAUUUUAGUUUGUAAGCGAUUUAUGUACAUGUAUUUUUGAAUCAGGAAAAGACGUGUGCUCUCCUGAAUGAGAGAUUUUAAACAACUGUGCCUAGUUUGUCCUAAUAAAGUUCUGAUUCCAUC